GGGGGGAGAGCUAGGCUUUGAUCACUCGAGAUUGCGAGAACCAUAUUUCACCAUUCAGGCGGCCUAGGAGGGAGGUGGAUUUGCCUCGUCGGCGUCGCGCUCGUGCCUCGGAUGAGAUGGGCGGUGGGAAGGCCGAGAAGGCGCGGCGGUCGGCGCGGGUUUGGCUGUGGGUAGCGCGGGCGAGCACUGUGCUGCUCUGGACCUGCGUCGUGCACUUCGCGGCCUUCCGGGAGCUGUCGGCGCCGAGCGUGCUCACGAUGUGGCCCGGCUGCGUCACCCAGCUUCACGUCGUGCAGCAACCGUCUGAGGCGGUGGCGGUGGCUGCGGCCGGCGGCGAGAGGGCGGGAGCGCGAGCAGGCGUGCUUCCGCUGAAGAGAAUCUACAAGAACAAUGGCUAUCUGAUGGUCUCCUGCAAUGGUGGGCUCAACCAGAUGCGAGCAGCUAUUUGUGAUAUGGUGACGAUUGCAAGAUAUUUGAACGUCACUCUUAUCGUACCAGAGUUGGAUAAAACUUCAUUUUGGGCUGAUCCUAGUGAGUUCCAAGAUAUAUUCGACGUGGACCACUUCAUAGCAUCACUAAGAGACGAGGUCCGAAUACUGAGACAACUGCCUACAAGGCUGAAAAGAAGAGUUGAAAUGGGAUUUCUUUACUCCAUGCCGCCCGUCAGUUGGUCUGAUAUCUCCUAUUACCAUCAUCAGAUUCUUCCACUGAUAACGAAGUACAAGGUCCUUCACCUGAACAGGACUGAUGCUCGCCUUGCAAAUAAUCGUUUACCCUUGGAGAUUCAGAAACUGAGGUGCCGUGUCAAUUAUGCUGCAUUGAGAUUUACCCCUGAAAUAGAAAAGUUGGGCAGGCGUCUGGUUCAAGUUCUUCGUCGGGAUGGACCCUUCGUAGUUCUUCACUUACGGUAUGAGAUGGACAUGCUCGCCUUCUCUGGGUGCACACACGGUUGCAGCAACAAGGAGGCUGAAGAGCUCACAAGAAUGAGAUAUGCCUACCCAUGGUGGAAAGAGAAAGUGAUUGACUCCAAUGCAAAGAGGAAAGAUGGGAUGUGUCCGUUAACUCCGGAGGAGACUGCAAUGGUAUUGAAGGCACUCGGCAUUGAUCGCAAUUAUCAAAUUUACAUUGCUGCAGGCGAAAUAUAUGGUGGACAAAGAAGAAUGACUACCCUUACCUCAGCUUAUCCCAAUGUGGUAAGAAAAGAGACACUAUUACCUUCAGAUAUCGGUCUUUUCCAGAACCAUUCUUCCCAGAUGGCAGCAUUGGAUUAUAUGGUGUCCCUGGAGAGUGAUAUUUUCAUCCCCACUUAUGAUGGUAACAUGGCAAAAGUUGUUGAAGGUCAUCGCAGAUACAUGGGGUUCAAGAAGACGGUACUGCUAGAUCGGAAGCUUAUUGUUCAGCUCGUUGAUCAGUAUAAAAACAACACGAUGAGCUGGACUGAUUUCACCUCUGCUGUUAAGGCAUCACAUACCGGCCGCAUGGGUGAACCGUCUAGGAGGCAGGUGAUCCCUGACAAACCCAAGGAAGAGGACUACUUCUAUGCGAAUCCUUACGAGUGUUUGCACCAACCAGAUGAUCUCCCAGUCUUGUGAUACCCGCAGUAUAAGUGUAUAACACAAUUUACAGGAUUGUGAAAGACUAUACUUCAAAUUGAAUUGGCAAUAACUUAGGGGGUCUCGUUUGUCCUGAUGAACAAGCGUAUGAGAGAUAAAAUGCCUCCUUUGGUUAGGUGAUUGUUAGAUACAGAUUGAUGCCAUGAUUUGCCGAUUCUUUUUUGUUCAAAAUAAACGAUCUGUAUUUUUGGUUUGUACAGAUGGAGAAAUUACUGUUAAUUAAAGAGGGGUGGAGUUUAUUACUAACUGGCUUUGCGACAGAGGUGUUU